AUGCACCGCGCUUUGACUAUACCCGAAGUCUGCUGUCUGAUUUGCGAACACAUUGAUGAACUGGAUACACUCCAUGCUGUUGCUCUUACAUGCGCGCGUUUUAGGGACGUCGUAUUGCCCCGACUUUGGGAAGACCUGCCUUGCAUAGAGCCUCUGGCCGAGUUGAUCCUUCAGGAUAUUGUCUCUAUACGAGAUGCAACGCUUGGCACCACGCUGGCCUUGUCACGUUAUGCGCACUACGUGAAGAAAAUCACUAGCUAUAAUGAAGACUCAGAUGUGCUACGCUCGGCAUUCUUUCUGUUUCAAACCGAGCUGCAACUUAGCACCAGUCUGCGACCGCCAAAUCUCCGAGAAAUAACAAUGACGACUAACGGCCCGCUUCUUGUCCAGUGGUUGAUCGAACUCAUCCCGCCCUGCCUUGAAAAGCUAAGCUUUGUGAUACAAUGGCAGGGAAUGCGAGAUACUUCUGGCGAACGAAAUAAUUCAGUGCAUUACCUUUCGCAACUGCUGGAAUAUUUGCCGACGAAAGCCCCUGGCCUCAAAUCUCUCACCCUCGAUAUUCCGGACGGUCUCCUCCAGUUUCUCCCAAAACACCUGCCAACGUAUGUCCACCGACUGUCUUGCAUAGAGGAGGUUGAUCUUCGCUUUGCGGUUCCGCUCGACGCACUGUCACUAAUGGGAAGUUGGGAACACCUCGAGCGACUUAAGGUCUGCGUUACCAGCACCGACGGGCUACCGACCAGUGAUUUUACGGCUCGAAUACCGUCCCUCAAAUAUCUCAAUGUAUCAGGCUCGGCAACGCUUCUUUUGCUAAUACUUCAGACGGUUCAUUUUCCUUCCCUUCGCGCCUUGGCACUCCCCCAUAUAACGAUCGACGUACAUCUGGAUCAAAUGAACGACAUCUUGAUGCUCAUCGCUGAGCGGUUUUCGGGUCUCCAACAUUUUGAAAUGGAGGCACCACCUGCGCAGUCUGCCUGGUCUCCUGCUUUAAUCAGCUUCGACCCGCUGUACAUGUUGCUCAAGCUGCGUAACUUUCACCUGACCUGCGCGCGUGUAGCGAUUGGAUAUAUGCCUGCCCAACUGGAUGACACGCAUCUCCUGCGGUUUCCAGGGGCAUGGGCGUCUCUGGAGUGUCUUGAUAUUCGGAUGCGUACAUUUGCAUUCCAACGAGGCGUCCCUAAUCCACAUCGCCCCUCGUUUACCCUGCGGGGCCUCCUUCCCCUGGCAAAGAGCUGCAGGCAGCUUAAGAGCCUAUUCAUCGGCGUGGACCUCACGUUACCGUUUUCAACCUCAACCACACCAAUUGGCGCCAGCAGCGCUUCCGAUCCCAGCACCAGUACAGCGCCAGAAAACCUCGGAUUUCUCCCGGCUCUUGUUAUGAGAUCUUUCGAGCUCGAGUGUAUCUCUGUCGCCCCACCUAAAGGAAAAGCGCAAGAGCAGGCUUGCCACUUCAUAGCAUCCAUGUGGCCUAAUGUACACAUGAAGACUGAGGGGGAAGAAAACGACAAUUGCGACCCGGCAUUGAAGAGAUUCUGCGCACUGUUUAAUCGGCGUAUGGCUAAUGGUUCCGGCUGGCCCCGGUCCGACGAACUGGGCGAGGCGGAAGAAGAAGAUUAUUGACGUGGCAUGUGCGAAAGCAGCACUUCUGUCCCAAAGCGCUUUUUUCCCGCCCAAAGCGUCACAUCACGCGGCCUUAGCGUGCGUCACCCACGAAACAGCACGAACAAUGGACCCGCAACAAUACACAGAAACAAAACG